AUGAUCACCAAGGCUGGCGUACCGUCCAAUAUGAUUGUGGUGGGCGUCAGCAGUUACGGUCGCUCGUUUCAGAUGGAUACUCCAGGCUGUUGGACGGAGCAGUGUACUUAUACGGGACCCGACUCUGGAGCCUACCCUGGACGAUGCACCAACACGCCAGGUUACAUAUCCGAUUAUGAGAUUGGGGAGAUACUGAAACAAAAUCCCACGGCUCAAAAACAGUUCGAUACAGGUUCAUAUUCUAACAUAGUCGUGUUCAACAACACUCAGUGGGUUGCUUACAUGGAUGCCGAGAAUAAAGCUACUAGAAAGGCGCUCUAUCCAGGUUUGGCUUUUCUCGGAGACGCCGAUUGGGCGUUGACCUGCAAUCUGAGAAUGGCGGUAACCAAAGUAACUCAUCAUCGGGUGGGCUCAUUAACAACCACCGCUAUUCCUAUCUGGGGCGUUACCCUCGAUACGAGCAAAACAGCAGGUGAUAUUACCUUGAGGAGUUCUGUGCAGCCACCGCCGUUCACUGUCACAAUCACUCCCACUGUAAGUGGCACCACAUCUAUAAUUGGUGCGACGAAAACCACUACAAGCAGUGGGGGUAUUGUUGUCUGGGGAUCUACUACCUACUACCCACCCGUGCAGACACAGACACUCGGAGGAAGUACAACUGUCAUUGGUGGCCAGGUAUUGCCCCCGAGGAUCAUAACUAUCACGCCCAAUCCCCAUCCAACCACGGUGCCAACUACCAAGGACCCCAUAAUCAAUCCCCAUCCAACGCCACCACAAUGGACGUCAGGAAAACCACCUGGUCCAAGUAGCCCUCCAGGAUGUAAAGGCUGCGGCUCGCCUUGCAAAUUGUUCUGCAACCCUGACUGUCCUUUCUGUCCACAAGGCGUCUUUCCGGGGGGUGAUCCUAACGAUCCGGACCGUUCAUCGUCGGACACGACGUCAAAAUCGCACCCUUCUACUACUCUGGGUCAUACAGUCUUCUUUGACUCGUUAUUGGGCGACGUAUUCCCGACAGGCAUCGCCGCAGCUGCUGAUCUCGAUUCACUUUCGUCUGCCGACGCUUCCCUCAUCAGCUCAAUGUUCCACAAGACAACGUCAAAGCCAACGUCAACCACUAAGCCGACUGAAGCGCCCCCUACUACCACCGCUCCGCCACCACCAGCCACCCCUACGGCAGACUGUGCGUUCUGGGACGAGGGUUGGGGAUGGACGUUCGAAGUGUACAACAUCAACGGUUGGUCGACGGACGGCGGCGCCAGUUUGAAAAAGCAAGAGGGCGGGUGCGGAGCGAUGACAGGAUGGAACUGGCAUGCGGCCACCUCUAGCAGUUUUGCCUAUACCUACUUUAAUCUGCCUUUCUUCAUGAAGGCAGGAUGCGUUGAACGCGCCAUUGUAUCGGCUGGUGGGCCCAAGAUAUCGUGUGAAGAACAGGGUGUUGAUUGGAAGAAACGGAAUGCUGGUGCAAAACGCGCCUCUCUGGCGAUGAGGGCACAAGUCAAGACUAACGCUGUACCGCCUGUCUUCUCGGAAGAGCAGAUUGAGGAGUUCAAGGACUUCUACGCGGUCAAUAGCACGUACCAAACGUAUGUUCCGCAGAGCUGGAGCAGCGGUCUGGCUACUAGUACUGCACCCCCUAUGUCCACAUCGUAGUUUCGGCACGC